AUGGCUAUCUUCACAGGCGGCAAAUCUCGGGCAAUCAACUCCCCCCGCCACCUCACCCUCCGCCAUGCCCGAAGAAAUGUUUACAAAGCCCGCAAAGCUAAAGGCCUCGCCCUACUGGGCGAAGACGACGACGGUCCAGAUCUCCUCCCCGGCGAGGAACGGCUCAACUCUUUCUGGGCGCCGAGUCUUGUCGCAGGACCCCAGUACACUGUCACCGCGGAGCAGACCGUCACAGCCAAGAAUAACGACCAGCCACUGCUGCUCCUCUCUCAGCAGACCUUCUCCGUCGACGCACCGCAAUUUAUGCUGCCUGAACAGUCCGUCUAUUCGGUCUAUCCGCCGUCGGGGUACCCCGAAGAGAACCGGAUGCUGCCUCACGUUGUGUUGAGCGAUCCCCAUCUACCGUGGGAGAGAAUUGGCAGCCCCAGUACGGAGGGUAAUGGCGAUACUAGGCGGAGGGUGCCGUGGCUGGCGCUGUUCACAUUCACGCAAGAAGAGCUCAAGUUGAAUCCAGGAGAUUUGAAGGGACUGCCGAAUCUACCUGCCGGGCAGGAGUGGGAACAAACGAGUACGCUAUCCAUGAAGAUGACCGUCGGACAGAUGAGGGGGAUUACAAACGCCGCCAACCCCAUCCAAGAUGGAGAAGAGGAGUUUCGCAACGUCAACGACAAGAAAGGAGAAUUCAUCCUCAUCAAAUCGAACUUGUUCAAGUCACUUUUCUCGGCGUUUGACGAGAAUGGCAACAGGAUCGAGAAGGAUAAGCCAGACGUGUCUCAGUACACAUACCUCUCGCACGUGCGCAAGAUCAACACAACGGGAAUGGCCAUCGGCGGUACAGAGGAUGUCGGAAUAUUCUCCAUCGUCGUUGGCGCACGAUCUGGUCCAAUGCACAAUAAAACGCCAGUCAGCGUUGCGGUUCACCUCGUCUCGAUUGAGGGUGUCGAACAGAUGACCUUCCCCAACCCGGAGGAGAAACAGUUUGUCAGUCUUUGUUCUCUGCACAGUUGGAAUUACACCGUCAUGCCGCCAAACAUGCUCAACGUUUAUGAUUCCUUCGUCAAUUUGGGCAGAUCUUUGAGUGUUCUUCGGCCACCGCAGGAUGUCAUAGACAGUUUGAAAGGAAACAGAGUUAGUGAGCGCCUGGCAAAAAGACUGGAAGAUGGCUUCACAUUAGUUAAGUACCGAAUGCAGACUGGCGAGUCAACUAUGGCAUUCUAUCGAAGUCCCUUCACGCCCACAGUUGUCCCCAAGAACCCGUAUUUCGACACUUGUUCCAACUCAGGUCAGGAUUUUCAGAUCCUUGAUCAAGAGCUGGGAAUUGUGGAUGUGACAUAUUCGUCUGCUUGGAACUUGGGCAGGGUCCUCGCUGUAGGGGACCAGGGAUUCACGGCCGCACUAUCCCGGCUCAGGGGUGCUAUUCAUAAGUUGGCCAUGCACAAGAUCAAGCUUGCAGCGGCAAAGAAACUUGGAGGGGAGACGAGCGUGAGGACACUUGCCGAAGUCUUGGAUGGGAUGAAACAUACAGUCAACAGACUCAAUGAGAUGAGCGAGGGACUACCAACAGAAACCCCUGAUCCUGUAGACGGACCGUCUGAUCCAGCAACAUCACCCACUUCUUCCUGGGUGCGCUGGUUCCGACCCAUCCUCGGGCCCAAAAAGACUCGUGCUCUUGACCUCAACAACCGCAUUAUAGAGCAGCAAUAUCUCGAAGCGGCAACGGAGGCAGCCCUCGAGCUUUCUCUUGCCCAGGGCAGUGAUGAAAAACACCAAAUUGUCUAUGACGAAACAAACAGCCCUGUCUCUACUGACUGGAUGGUUGUACUUGCGUUUGUCAUGGACCGGAUGUUUCUCUCUGGCGUCCCUGCGCAUUAUCUCAUCAGUGACCCAUCCCACCUCAGUCCGGAAAGCCUCAAGUUCUUCUACAUCGAUCCCAACUGGGUGGAUGCGAUGAUUGACGGAACUCUUAGCCUGGGUAAUGAGAAAGGGACAGACAUGGAUCGUGCAGCUAUCAAGGAGGCCGUCAACCGUUUCAUCAAGCACCUCCCAGAAGAGCAGAAACAUCGUCCGCAGGUGCCCACAUAUGGAUUCUACCUCCGAUCCGAUCUGGUCACCAUGUUUCCUGAUCUCAAAGUGGACACUGUUCGUAAAGACCAGGAGGCUCCGCCGCAGGCACCACUGUUACGCCAUGAGAUUGUUGCCGACGGUGUCAUGCUCGGUCUGCUCGAUCGUACCCCUGGCUCUGUGGACUUUGACACACUGAUCUUCACCCAGCCUCCCCACCAGCCGUGUUUCGCAGUAGGAAACAGUCUUGGAGCAGACCAUCUCACCGUUAACAUGAGGAAACAGUACACGGUUGACAAGGAGGAGCGCAAACUGGACCCCAGCAAUCCACAGUUGCCAUUCAAGCCGCCCAUUGAGCAACGCCCAACCUCCAAAGACAACUUUUUUCUGUGGAAUACGGUUCCUAGGGCUGUACAGCCAGAUGUCGAAGACGACCUGCGCUUGCUGAGGUCGACCAGAUUCGCAAAGGUGCAACUCGAUAUGCUCAACGACAAGAACCUGAUGAAGCCGUACAAGCACCCCAAGAAUCCCGAGGGGCCUGAUAUUGUUCCUUUUGAAGAUGACACUCCCAACUCCGCCUUGUUCGCCAUGCAGCUAACAGAGCCGAUCUACUACCUCGAAAUUGACCUGAAGAAGAGCGGAUCUGGCCAGCCCGUCCCAGCCAUCGCGAGCCUACAGCCGCCCGAGAACACCACCAUGAUACGUAGUCUUGCUUUCGCGGCACCGGAGGGACCGCAGACCCUGCGCACCCUCCAUUCAACCAACCAUCCAAUCGUCCCAAAACUCUUCCCCUCGACCGCUGCCUCUGACGAUGAGGAUUCGGGCUCAGAGGAUGACAGCGACCAUCCUUUUCUCCGCCCCCGCGCAGCCUCAACAGCCGCCAGUUCCAUCUUCUCCUUGGAUACCUCAGAACCAGCCUCCUUGGCAUACUCACCCUGUGACGCACCGCACAUUCGCAGCAUCCCCACCGUCACAUCUCCCAUCCUUCCCCCAUCACCCUCCACUCCCCACUUCGCCCGUUUAGCCACCAGGGCAGCCAUAGCUCCCGAAGACCCAGCCGGCCCCCCAGUCUUCAAAUGCACAGCCUACACCCCCAACCAAAACGCCAUCUACACCAACAGCCUCAAUCUCCCCAAAGACAUUGUAUUUUCCAUCCUCGUCAGCAACACCCAAAGCAACUACAUGCUCAAGGAAUUCGACGUCUGCAUUCCGCUAGGAGACACAAAAUACCAAGGGAGGAACAUGCUCAUGAAGACAUACCAAGGCGCGGGAGCCACGAUCUUGAGUAACUUGCGGUUCAAUGCGCUGCUGCAAUUCUCCAAGCUUCAUGACCCUGAGUUGGAUGUGCUGAUAUUGAGGUUGUUGCCGCGGAGUAGUAGUGGUUUUGUUAGUGUGAGGAAGGUGUAUGAGCUUAGUUCGAUACUGUCGCUUGCGUACUUGAAUGAUUAUGGGAAGGGGGAUAGGGUGGUUAGGUUGAUUACGCUUGCUUAUUUUAGGGGGGCGAGGGAGCGUGAUCCGAUUAGGGGGGAGUUUGAGGUUGUUCUUUCUAAUGAUGGUUAG